ACUUGGGGGGGGGGGGGGGCACAUCUGGUCGUACAUAUCUAUGUCUGCUGGUUCCAGUUGUUAUUUUUUUAAUGCAUUAUAGCAAGGGUGUCAAACUUAAGGCCUGGGGCCCAAAUCAUGGUACGGUUACGCCCGGCCCACCAGAUCAGAUCCUAUUCUCUUUAUAACUGGCCCUAAAAUAUGAGGUCUGCAGAUUUCCUUGAGUAUAAAAAUGUAAACUUAACCUUGAUAAAUAUCAAAUAUAAAGAGUAAAAAUAAUCAAAUAUAAAAGCAAUAUGAGAAAUUUCUUUGUUUUUAUUUCAUGUUCUCAGUUUUGCACAGCACUGUAAUCUGUUUUUUAGACUUUUAUCUUAUGAUUUGACCUUUGACAUUUAUUAUUUGGACUUUUAGCUAAUAUUUAAGCUUUUUCAAUUUAUUAUUUUGGUUUUUUUAUCUCAUAUUUUGACCUUUUAGGUUCACAUUUUUCAAUUUCAAGUCAUAUUCUGGCCCUAAAACAUGAUUGUGAUUUUCUUGUUUAUAUAUUUAUCUGGUAAAUUCAUUAUCUUAACAUCUAGGUUUGUGUUUUGCACUCAGAAGUUUGAAGUUUUAUCUCAGAUUUUGAGCCUUUUAACAUCAUUUUGACUUUUAAAUCUCAAAGUCAUUUAUCACCAGUGCUUAUUUUUCCCCCAUAAAUUAUUACUGGUGAAAAUGAGGUUGACAGUUUGGUUUAAUGUGGACCCUGUUAGGCCCUCAGGUUAGACCUUAGUUCAGAAUCCGGGCCCUGCUCUGAGUCAGUCUGACAGCCCUGUAUUAUAGUAAUGUAUCUGCAUUAUAUCUGAAUGGAUGUCUGUGUAUUGUUAGUCAGAAACCAAGCAGUGCCUGAUGUGGCCAGAGCAGUCUUGAAUUUUUUUUAAUCUCAUUUAGAAGUUGCAGUCCUUGGUGCCCCCCCCCCGUUCUGACAUAGGCACAUGUAAAGGAUUAUAAAGGCUGUUCUCCAUGUUAUCUGAUGACAAACUUGAGUUUUUGGAUAACAUCAGAAUAAAUUGCUCUCUUAUUUACAUCCUGAUGAAUGCGUCCUUUACAAACAUGGAAAAAGCAGUCCUACUUUAUCUGGUUUCCUUCCUGUCUUGUCAUUGUGCUGUGGGGUGUUGCUUCCUGAACAGGUUGCCCCGACUUUAAAUUCUCUGUAACUUUACUCAGUCAACACUAACAGACACCUCUUCUCAACACCAUGAUCUGCUUGCAGCCUGCAGUAUUUUUGCCAGUGAAGGUGACCACAUGGACUACUCUGGCGGUGUUUUUGUUAUCUUUAACGGCAGGAUUUGGCCAGACUGGCGCCUGUAGACCCUUUUGUGCUGGGAAUGACUGCAUGACUUUAAACCAAGACAGGAUGGACUUUAAAUCAGCCGUGGAAGCAUGCCACGGCAGAAAUGGAGAACUGAUGACAUUCCAGACUAAGACAGAUAAGAACAUCUUUGACAUUUUCACUGAGGAACUACACGGAAACUUCUGGAUUGGACUCCAUUUACCAGCUGGCACCUGCAGCAACCUAUCAGCUCCUCUAAGAGACUUCGAGUGGACCUCUGGCAGCAUGUUAAGCCGCUUUAUUCCAUCCUCUUUCACUUGGACUGACAACGUUCAAGUCUGCUCUCCCCACUGUGUGUCUCUCUCAAACGAUGGACAGUUGACGGAGAGGCUGUGCACGGACAGAACUGAUGGGUAUCUGUGCAAAACGAAGCACAAAGACGCAUGCCAGACACAGAAAUUAUCCGAGUCGCCUGUUUUCCAGAGUUCUAAAGGAUGCUCCACCUUUCCUUGUGAGCAUAAGUGCACUGAUAUUAAAGGAGGGUAUAAAUGCUCGUGUUUCAGAGGAUAUAUCCCAGACAGUAAGGACCCGCACCUCUGCAGAAUGUUCUGCUCAGAACAGAAAUGCCCUGCAGUGUGUCAGAGACUCGCCGAUAGCUCAUGUUUCUGUGCUGAAGGCUACCUGAUGGUAUCUGAUGGUGCAAAGAAAGUCUGUGAGGACAUUGAUGAAUGUUCACAUCAUUGGUGUGAUCAAAAGUGUAAAAAUACUUUCGGAGGUUUUGUGUGUUCCUGUGGAGAAGGAUUCAUGUUAAAAAAUCAGGUCAAAUGCGUUAGAGCUGCACUCAAUGGAAGUACUGUGGUCACAACCCCAACUGCCAUCGGUUCUGUGAGACCAGCUGCUAAUAAUAACACAAUUACUGGUUCUUCUGCCGCUGCUGGGGGCUUCAUCUGGAUGUGGAUUUUUCUAUCUCUGGCUGUAAUUGUGUUAAUAAUUGUCAUAAGGUUUUAUGUCGUUAGGAACCAGAGGAAUAGAGGACGAAACGUCACUCAGCAGUCACCUGAACCUGUGGAUAACAGAGAGUGCUAAGAUAACUCUGCUGCCCCCACUUCAACUUUGGGAUAUCUGUGUAGUUUCACUACAUUUCUCUGGUGGGAGAUUCUCAGAUGAAAAUAAAUCCUUCUGUAAAAAUAAUUGUACUUUAUCAUUGAUAUAAUCAUCAUAAAUGCAGGGUGCUGUUUAGUUAUUUCAGGGAAGGAGUGAGCCAUUGGGUUCCUUAUACGUGUGAGAAGAAGGGAACCACAUCACUGAUCCACUGGAGUCAUUAAUUAGUGGGGAUGCUGAGUAAGCAUCCACACUGUUGAUAUUCGCAGCGGCCAUUUUGUUUAUUAUUAUUCUUCCAUGCCGGUUAUCUCCUCCUUCAUACUUUGUCGUAUCGACACUAUUUAA